UGCUCUCCGUGUUGUGACUUCUGGAAUAACCGCCUCCGCGGUGGUUGAUUGAAGGCGGACCAUGUCGCCUGUAUCCCGAUCUCGCCCUAAUGAGGACACUGUGAGCUCUCAGAAACGACGACGUUUCUCGGAGAGCCCACCGUCGGCGUUGCAGACUAGCCGAUCGCCUCGGGGAGGCGGUUUCGGCUCUCUCCUCAGCCGGCCUGAGGGGCUCCAGCCUCCUCGGGGUGCUCAGGGCGUUCGGCCACUGCAUCCCAUCAGCCGCCCCAGGUCUGGAGAACGACCGCUACCGCUGGGGAUCCGUACGCUUGCCUCCUCGUCCUCUCCCAUCUGUGGUGGGUACCGUUACCACCACAACUAUACGGGAGAUCGUUCGUGGGCUGAGGACCAGGAGAAGGAAAAGGAGGAAAGUUAUAGGCAAAGGAGGCUGAAGGAAAGAGAGAGGAUUGGAGAGCUGGGAGCGCCUGAGGUAUGGGGACUGUCACCCAAGAUUCCUGAGCCAGAUUCUGAUGAACAUACACCAGCUGAAGAUGAGGUGAAGAAUCAGAAGAGCAGCAGUUCAGAUUUGACCAAUGAAGAAAAAAGGACAAAGACCAGUCAUUCAACAAAGAAAAAAAGAAAGAAAAAGCCUUCCAAAAGGAAGCAUAAAAAAUAUUAUGACAGCAAUUCAGACUUUGACAUUCAUUCUAGCUCUGAUAGUGAUAAAAAGAAAGUUAAAACCAAGAAGAAAGAGAAGAAAAAGAAACAUCGGGCAAAACAACUCAAGAAGAGGACUAAAAAAGAAUACAGUGACAUAAGCUGCAAAGCUUCAGAAAGGGACUUGCCAGAAGAUGCGUGGAUGGAAGAGUCGAUGAGUGCAGAGAGCAUGGAUUUAAUAGGCCCAGAAGCACCUGUGAUACACACCUCUCAAGAUGAGAAACCUUUGAAUUAUGGCCAUGCUCUGCUUCCAGGUGAAGGUGCAGCAAUGGCUGAAUACGUAAAAGCUGGGAAGCGUAUCCCACGAAGAGGUGAAAUUGGGUUGACAAGUGAAGAGAUUGCCUCAUUUGAAUGUUCAGGUUACGUCAUGAGUGGUAGCAGGCAUCGCCGAAUGGAGGCUGUAAGACUGCGUAAAGAGAACCAGAUUUAUAGUGCUGACGAGAAACGAGCCCUUGCAUCCUUUAACCAAGAAGAGAGGCGGAAGAGAGAGAAUAAGAUCCUAGCCAGCUUUCGAGAAAUGGUGUACAGAAAGACAAAAGGGAAAGAUGACAAGUGACAACCGGUUUGUUUCACCGUGGGACGUUUAAAACAAAGGCUUUGUAUGGCCAAAGUAAUAGUAAAUGGUUUUACCAUUUACCAAUGCUAUUGUACCUACUGUGUUAGUAAAAAGCACUUUUUAAGAUGUCAUUAAAAUUUUUUACAAACAUUGCAGAAAAAUGACUAAAAAGGUGAAUGUCACUUCAGUCCCUGAUUUACC